AUGUGGGGGCUUCUACUAGCAACGGCGGUGGCUGUUGUCGGGGCCGCCGACCCAGGCACCCCGGUGGACCACCCCGAGCUCAAGUUCGACGACAUCGGCGGCCGGCUCGGCCUCUUUGGCGACUACGACUCCCUUUCCAAGUAUACGUUUGUGGGCGAGACUGGCGACCAGCAGAGCGAUAAUGGUGACAAGUUAUUUUCGUUUGACGACCAAGAGAGAAAGCUGGUCCCCGUGGGCCUGUUUAACGGCAUCGUAUCGCAGAUGGAACCCCUCAACGACCACCAGGUGGUUGUCAACGGUAAUAUCACCAAAGUUGGCGACCAGGACGUACAACUGCCGUUCAUAUUUGACGUGAGUGACCGCUCAGUGCUGCCAAUAGCUCCACAGUCCUCAGGAAAACGAGAUAAUAACCAGCUUAAUGGUGAUAUCCACACGAUGUUGGUUGACGGUACCCUCAUAUAUUUGGGGGGCCAGUUUGAGUUUAACGGGUCUCACGGGGCUGCUGUCUACGACACUGAGUCCAAACUGCUUCUGCUGUUACCGUUCCGCGGGUUUGGCGAAAAUGGUACUGUUAACGCCAUCACCAGAAUCCCUAAUAACGACGGACUGCUGGGACUGAUUGUGUUUGGCGGCAACUUCAACACGUUGGGGUUCCCCGAGCUUUUAGCUCGAAACAUCACCACCAACACCACCACCAAUACCACCAACUCGCUGCUUGUGACGGUGGAACAGAGUGUACCUAUUGCCAACGGUAAAAUUACUCUGAACGGCCAGGGCGAUCCUAACGCUCUUGUGUGUCCUCUGGACGAUGAAACAUGGCACACCAACCCUGGCCAAGGAGCUGAGUGGUCGGUGGAACUCCCCGGUGGCAUCCAGGGAACGAUGCCCACUAAGAUUCGGUUGACGAUGCCUCAAGGCGAAAACCAGGUCAACUUGUUCCGUAUCUACACUUUCCCCAGUAACGGGAUCAUGAACCUCUCCUACGUCGACCCAUACGACAAUACGGUGAAAUACUGUGACGCGUGGUGUCCGCUUUCGGCGUUGGCUCAGCUUCAAAACUCCACCAACAAUAACAAGGAUACCAACAACACCGACGACCGCGCCUAUAUCAGCAAUGACGGCUCCUACAACUUAUACCAGGAUGAUCUGCAGGUGCAAACAUUGGGCUACGGCAGCAACUGGCAAGAGUUCCUGUUUGUCAAUAAUAUCGGCGUGUCUCGUCUUACCGUCACAGUGCUUGGCUGGACAGGAGAGUACGGUGCGUUAUCGGGAAUCCAGCUUUAUCUGAACACGAUUCUGGCCUAUGCCAAUAAUGAGCUUAAUACCCCGAACUGUGCCGGUGCCGCGGGGACCAACCAGCUGCUGCUGUCGACGGAGGGCCAGUGGACGGACGUGCUGCAACUUGCACCCAACCCCAACGCGCUCUCGUCGCAGAAUUACCUUGUUAGUGAACUGAGCGAUGCCAAACUCAGCAUGACUCCCAAUAUCCAGUAUCUGGGUGACUACCAGCUCAACUUCUACACCCCCGGGUGUGUGGCUGAUGGGCUGUGCCAGCGUCGGGGUAUUGUCAACGUGAACUUGGUCGACGAAGGACUGAACCAAGUAUUGGCCAGCCACCAGGUGUGGCAGAAUAACGACUACGACAAGUUCGACUACUUGUACAAUGGUCAUCUUGACGGCGCCGUUCAGGGAGGUAAGGGCUAUCGGAUUGAUGUAUCCUACCAGGGUCAAAUCAUCCCUGAUACUCAACCGUAUAUCGUUGCUGAUAAAGCGCUGGCCAUCAUUGUCAAAUUGGACAACACGACCAAUAUUACCAACUCGACCAAGACGAAUACUACUACCAAGCUGAAAAUGGAGUACGUGCGUUUGAACGGGUUGUUUGAAUACCUGCUUAAGAACUUCUCCCUGUUUGACGUCAACGAAGUCAACAAGACUAACAGCACCAUUUAUGUGGGCAACUCGCUGAUUAACCAGUUCUCUGCGUCUCUCGGAGAACCGGCAAACAUCACCGAGCUUGUGUUUGGUCCUGAAGGUACCAUUGUUGUGCUUGGCCGUAUGGAGAACGUAACCGAUAUCGUGCUGCUUAAAGUCACUGGCUAUAACUCUACCGGAGCCGGGAUCACCAAUUUGGGGUCUAACUUAUUGGCUAAAAGAGAUAUUCAGGGGGUAAAGUUUCUGCAAUCUCCCACUAAGGCGUUUGUCUACGACAAGUACUGGAUCUUUUGCGGCAACUUCACCACCAACAACAACUUGAAAAACGUCGCUGUAUUCGACACUAGCGUCCACAACUGGUACACCAUCAACCAGGACGGACAGCGUCCGUGGACUCAGUUCACCAAUACCACCAUUGAUGGCACCUUGUACUGGGUGUUUUCCGAUAAUGAUGGCUACUACCUGAUGAAAGUGUCUGAUUGGGAGCUGACUCACGGCAAGCGAGACACCGCGCCAAGCUACGACUUGAAAAUCCGCCAGGCCGCCCACUUAUCGGAUACCCAACAGGUGCUUGGUGGCUCGCUGUUUGGCGUCAUGGACUACUAUGGAAUUGACCAGGCGUACAUUGAUGCCUCGUCGAAUUUCACGAGCUACCCGGGGCUUACCAUCUCGCUGGGGGUAGUGACUCGUUCGUUCUACAUCAACGACCUGGUGUCGGUGAUUGGCGGCCAUUUCUCAACGGAUCAAGGCCUCGACAACGUGGCGUUUGUUAGCAAUAGCCUGGUCGACGGGCUUCAAGGUGUCAAGGAAUGGGGAACAGAUACUCACGUGCAAACGUUGUACGUUACCGAUGACGAGGAGUUGCUUUUCAUGGGCAUCAACGGAACUCUCACCGUUUCCGAUAAGAAAUUCAACCCGGGGCUCGUCAUCUACGGGUUGAAGAAUCACCUGUUCACGCUGUUCCAGCCGUCGGAGUUGACUAAUGACAACUACUUUAUCCUGGUGAAUUCGAUCGUUCUGUACAAGAACAAAGUGCUUGUGGGAGGUAAUUUUACUCUGGCAGGGCUGUUGGACUGCAUUGGGUUGUGUGUCUACGAUACCAGUGCUACGCGAUGGGUAAGUCCCAGAGCCAAUGGACUGGAGGUGGAAGGAAUAGUUCACGAUAUCAGAUUCUUCUCCGCCAACAAAGUGUUCAUUGCAGGUGCUCUCAAGCUUGAUGGACGCAAUGUCAAUUUUGUCACUUAUGACUUGGACGCACUGACGUUCCUGCUCCCCGAUGAUGACGGUAAGCUCAACCUGUUGGGCACAGACAAAACGGUGCGUAAGUUCAUCGUCAACGAUGCUAAAAACACCGACUUAGAUGGACGUAUGGUGGCGUUUGGUGACGAUUUCGUCCUGGGCUACGACGGCAAGUCGUGGAAGCUGAUUGACAGUGAGUUUGGUUCUGACCCACAAUUCCUGGAUCUCAAAUUGAUCGACUUAAAGGAAGCUAAUAAGAACUAUAACGGUGAGUUAUUUGACUCGUCAUAUGUGCUUGGGCUUUCGGGUCGUUUUUCGCUCAAGGACUAUGGUACGGUGCUGUUGGCAUUGUACAAUGGCUCGCUGUGGAUCCCUUAUGUUUAUGGCCUCAAAAAUGGUACUGCAGGACUGAUUCUGUCGUUGCUUCUAGACGACCGGUUCUCGUACCUUUCCCCCAAACUCAUGCCUCAAGUGGGCAAGUUACUGGUGGGCAAAGUUGUAGGUAUCUCGCUUGCGUGUGCCAUUGGACUGACGGCUCUCCUCGGCCUUCUCUGGUUGAUUCCCUACAUCCUCUUAUUCCGCAAACAACUCGACGGGAACUACUACCCAGAACGAGUGGACGAAAAGGAAAUGAUGGAGGCGGUGAACCCCGACGACUUACUCCACGAAAUUGACCUUCAACGUAACGGGUCGUAA